AUGGAACAACCCAGAAACGAUAUCUCUCAAGAACAAGCUCGUGAGUCUCUAAUUGCUAUCUCCUACACUUCACCAGAGGAGGUACAAGAGUCUCUUACGUCUUCAGAUGUGAAACCUGUUGUCAGCAACACAAACGGUGUCACUAAAACCAACUCUGAAGUUGCUGAAAAGCUAAGAUCAGAGUUGAUCUCCAUCUCCUACCACGAGUCACCGUCCCCCUCACCUGAUGUAACUGUUUCUCCGACCUUGCCCAACGGUGUCUGA